AUGAGCUUACAGACGACCACUGGUGCGAACCUGGUGUCUGCGAAGGCCACUAUCAAGCGGAUGGCGGAGCAGUCUGUUGCGACAUUUACCGAGGGUGUUGCCGUGGAACUGUUGCCAGCCGGCAUGCUGGCAAAGUUGCGCAACCCCUACAAGGGAGUUUGGGAGCCUUGUUUACAAACUGCCUCGAAACAGGUUCUUUCGGACAGGUGCUGCGUGAGUCGCGGCAGGUUUCUUUUUCAGACCGUCAGCGACGUUGAAGCUGAUGCUCGAUAUCGAGGUGUAUGGCAGCGGGAUGGCCCAUGCGGGAAGAUCUGCUGCAAUUCCAGAUAUAUCUCACCAGCUAUGCUCGACAUGGUGUUGAAGCCGCCAGGUGAUGUGAAGGUCUCUGCUCAGACUGGUCGGUGCAUUAGCACCGCCACAGAUGCCGCAACUCCGACCUGCACUCGGCACGAGGGUUGGCUUGGCAUCAUGAUGGAUCUGUGUGGCUUUAUCUGGGACCCGGGCAAAUGA